AUGAGGUACGUCACCGUGGAGCUUUUCGGCCCUAACAGGCGUCAGCCGCCGAGAAAGGGUUCCAUGCAAAUUCAUGCCAGAUUGGGAGCAAGGCACAAGGGUGGGCAAGGGUGGAUCCCGGACGGUUAUGGAGGGUACCCCCGACGCCAUCGCAACGGAGUGGCGAUUAAGAUAAUAGACGUCGAGCAAGGCAAGAAGGAUUACGUGAUGAAGAACCUGACGAGGGAGGCGAAGGUCUUGUCAAUGCUACAGCAUCCGAGCAUCGUCAGACUCUACGAAACUAUCCGGUGCGGAUCUGUGUACUAUCUCGUGACGGAACUCGCGACCGGCGGCGACCUGUGCACACACAUUAAGGAGCAGCCGGCCGGUAAACUGGACGAGAACACGGCGAGGCUCUAUGCCAGACAGCUGGUCGCCGCUCUCAAGCACAUGCACUCGAAAGGAGUCGUUCACCGAGAUCUUAAAAUGGAGAACAUCGUAUUGCAGGACGAACGCAAGGAACAGAUCAAGAUAGUGGACUUUGGUCUCAGCAAUAUUUACGCCAGCGGCGAUCCUCUGCGAACGCACUGCGGAUCUCCAGAGUACGCUGCUCCCGAACUCUUUGUCGUAGGUAAACGAUAUGGGCCGGAAGUAGAUUUGUGGAGCCUAGGUGUCGUUUUAUAUGGCAUGACUAUCGGUCGACUUCCAUUCCUGUGCCCCCGCGACGAAUGGACGUCAUCAGAGGAACGUCGACGGAGGCUGAUGAUCCAAAUCAAUAGGGGCUUGACAUCGAUCCAGGAAAAAGCUAUGUACCAAACGUCGAUCGAAUGCAGGAACUUAAUAAACCGCUUGCUCAUUCCAUCGGCUCGCGAAAGAAUCACCAUUCGAGAGAUUCUUGAUCAUCCUUGGAUCCUUGUGACAUCGAAGAGUAGCUUUCAUUUUCACUCUGAAGACGACUUGAACGUUUCCAAUCACGUCUCGAUAAUGAACGAGAUCGCGACGGCAAUGCGAACAACCACGGCUGCCGUCGAGGCUGAAAUAAUGAGACGAAAGUAUGGAGAAAUUGGCGGCAUGUAUAAUAUUAAAAAGCAUAAAUUGUAUCAAGCUUCUUCUGUUUAUCACCUACCACCGCGUCUUCUUCGAAAUUCUAUGUGUCGAACUGAAGACAUUUCAUCGUCAACUACUAUCAGAAUGGCGAAAAGUAAUUUACGAAAUGGUACGUCCGGCAACUCUGACAAUACCGAUCGCAUAAUCGUCAUGCGACGCAGCCAGGUGCAAGAUCGAUCAGUCAAGAAAUCCUCAUUACACGGUUCCACGACGUGGAACUGGCGAUGCCGCUCCGGAAACGAAAACCGCUCUUCCGAGGAACGGAGAAAUUACAGGAUUCGUUACGAUACCACAAAUACCACAUCCUUAUCGCCCCAGCAGUGUCGUGUCCCGCAAAUUACAAAAAUUCAGGCCGAUAAGCUUUCGGAUCGACGAUCUUACAGAGACGAGACGAAGUCAAGAAGUUCUACAUCUAGUAGCAUUUCCAAAAAAAUGGAGAAAAAAGACUGUGUCUCUAGGACCUGUAAAGUGGACUGUGAAAUAAUUCCUAGCCCUUCGACUUUACAAACUUAUUCGCGUGUUAGUAGCGAGAGCGUACCUACUUCGCGAAUUAAAGAAAGUUUUCAUAAAAAGAUACUUGCCCCACCGUGGCGAUGUCGAGUCGGUAGUGCGAGAAUUAGAAAAGAUACAUGAAACUAUAAAAAGCACUUUUGAAAGAAGUGUGCAGAAUAGCGACGUUUUCGCCUUUCUGCGAAUAGAAAUUUGGUUAAAUAUGUAUGUAACUAUCGAGAUUAGCUGUUAAUCUCAUUAAAUUAUUUGCAAUUGUAUGAAAGAAUCUCAACAGCUCCAAACUGAAUUUGUUUAACAAAU